AUGGCUGCCCAGGCUAGUGAGAAGCUACAGAAGCUUGACUUGAACGGCCAGAGCGGCGACCCGAAGGCGGACGCAGCCACUGCCGGCCAAGCAGAAAACGGAGAGGCGGAGGACGAUUCAGAAGAUGAUGCGGAUGAUGCCAACCAUGCCGCUGACGGUGCGGCCAGCGGAGCAGCCAAGAAAAAGAAGAAGCGCAAGUCCAAGAAGAAGAAGAAGGGCGGUGCCAAGGUUCAGAGCGAUCCGCCUCGCGUUCCAGUAUCCAAUUUAUUCGCCAACGGCCAGUACCCGGAGGGUGAGAUCGUGGAAUACAAGAACGAGAACUCGUAUCGCACAACCAAUGAAGAAAAGCGCUACCUCGAUCGCAUGAACAAUGAUUUCCUACAGGAGUACCGCCAGGGUGCGGAAGUCCACCGUCAGGUCCGUCAGUAUGCGCAGAAGAAUAUCAAGCCUGGUCAGACGUUGACGGAGAUCGCUGAGGGCAUUGAGGACUCCGUCCGCGCCCUCACUGGGCACCAGGGUCUUGAGGAAGGUGAUAACAUCAAGGGUGGCAUGGGUUUCCCCUGCGGUCUGAGCAUCAACCACUGUGCUGCCCACUACACCCCGAAUACCGGAAACAAGAUGGUAUUACAGCAGGGAGAUGUAAUGAAGGUUGACUUUGGUGCGCAUAUCAAUGGUCGUAUUGUUGACAGUGCGUUCACUGUGGCUUUCGACCCCGUUUAUGACCCUCUGCUUGAAGCUGUUAAAGAGGCUACCAAUACUGGAAUUCGCGAGGCGGGUAUUGACGUCCGCAUGAGUGAUAUCGGUGCUGCUAUCCAGGAAACCAUGGAGAGCUACGAAGUCGAACUGAACGGGACCAUGUAUCCUGUCAAGUGUAUCCGCAAUCUUAACGGUCAUAACAUUGACCAACAUGUUAUCCACGGCGGCAAGAGUGUCCCCAUCGUGAAAGGUGGAGACCAGACCAAGAUGGAGGAAGGUGAGGUUUUCGCCAUUGAAACCUUCGGCAGUACCGGAAAGGGCUAUGUGAGAGAGGAUAUGGAAACGUCUCACUAUGCCUUGGUUCCCAAUGCAAGCCCAGUCCCUCUGCGGCUCAGCUCUGCAAAGAACCUAUUGAGCGUGAUCAACAAGAACUUCGGCACUUUGCCUUUCUGCCGUCGUUACCUUGAUCGUUUGGGCCAAGAGAAGUAUCUUCUUGGUUUGAACAACCUAGUUUCUUCGGGAGUCGUGCAGGACUACCCUCCUCUUUGUGACAUCAAGGGCUCAUACACAGCCCAGUACGAACAUCCUUUCUCAACUUCUUCUAUUCCGCAAACCUCUCCUUCCCCUCCCACCAUGGCCUCUACACCGCAGCUCCGCAUGGCGGCAGCGAAGAACCCGCCCAAAGCUUCAAAGCCACAACAAGAUGGGGAGCCUUCAACCAGAAUACCACCCGCAGAGACGGCUUCAGUGGAAGAUCAUUUCUUCUGGACCUAUACAGAGGAACCACACCGGUCAAGACGACAAGCAAUCAUCAAAGCCCAUCCAGAGGUAACCAAACUCUGUGGACCAGAGCCAUUGACCAAAUAUGUUGUGCUGGGCGUUGUCUCCCUCCAGAUAUGCUGCGCAUAUCUCCUCCGCAAUACCUCUAUGUUCUCCUGGCGGUUUUUCCUAACGGCAUACGUGAUCGGAGCAACAUCGAACCAGAACCUCUUCCUCGCCAUCCAUGAGAUAUCCCAUAAUUUAGCCUUCCGGUCUCCUCUAGCCAACAGGCUCCUGGCUAUAUUUGCCAAUCUCCCCAUCGGACUGCCUUACAGCGCUGCGUUUCGACCAUACCAUCUCACCCAUCACAAGUCCCUUGGUGUCGCCGGCCUCGACACCGAUCUCCCCACAGCAGUCGAAGCCUUCAUCCUCAACUCCCUCCUCGGCAAAGCCUUCUUCUGCACCUUCCAAAUCUUCUUCUACGCCGUGCGCCCCAUGUUCGUCUACAGCCCACCUUUCACCCUGAUCCACCUCCUGAAUCUCGUCAUCCAACUCUCCUUCGACUACGCCCUCACUAGAUUCUGCAACGGCUCCCUCCAACCCGUCCUCUACCUCCUCUUCAGCUCCUUCCUCGCCGGCUCCCUCCACCCCUGCGCCGGCCACUUCAUUGCCGAACACUACUUUUUCUCCAACGUGCAGCACGGCACCGAGUCUAUCCAGGAACACAAACUCCUGGCAAAAGAAAAAGCAUCAGACCAGGAAAGGGAAAAGAAGACGCCACACCCACUCGACUCGCUCCCACCCCCAGAAACAUAUUCCUACUAUGGACCCCUCAAUAUCUUCACCUACAACGUCGGUCUGCACAACGAGCACCACGAUUUCCCCGCUAUCCCUUGGACAAGACUCCAUGCUCUGCACCGCAUCGCGAAGGAGUUCUACGAGCCUCUUCCCUGCCAUCGGAGCUGGGUGUGGGUGAUAUGGACCUUCAUCCUCGAUAAGAACGUGGGUAUGUGGUGUCGUGUGAAACGAGCACAGGGCGGUCGUCUUGUCGGUGGUGGCGGCUCUACUAAGAACUCGAAUGGCCGUGCUGGGGAAUGUAUGUCUGCUGGUCCCGAUGAGGCAGGUGAUGAUGGGUGGAAGGAAAGUGAGAUUCAGAAUUAA